CGUCAAAUUCGAAAUUUAUCUCGUGAAGCCUGAAAUCACAAAGCCAUGCGAUUAAUAAUCGUGCCAGUUUUAAGUAUUUUAAUUUCCGUUUUAAGUGCGAUUUCUAAUCAAAAUAGUCCACUUUUCUCAACAGGUUGGUACAAGCAAUCCAGAAAAGGUAACAAAACUAACGUGAAAAAUGUGUCAAGUAUUGGUCCAAGUGAUUUUCCUGAUAGUGAAUAUUUACGUAUCGGAGGUAGAAUUCCGGUUUUGUAUGUGAAUGCUGUUCAUGAUUUAGUUAAGCUGAAAUAUCUUAGUAUUAGUUCCAGUGGCAUUGUUGAUGUUUUACCAGGAGCUUUCAAUAAUUUACCCAACAUUUCUAAGUUAAAUUUAAAAGAGAAUGGGAUUAAGCAUAUUAAGACGGGUGUGUUUAAUUCGUUAAGUUUAACCUACUUAUAUCUAAACAAAAAUGAUAUAAGUGUUAUUGAAAGUGGGGCUUUUGAUGAUAUGACGCUGUUGCAAAAAAUCAAGUUAAACUCGAAUAAAAUCUCCGCAUGGGAUAGUCAAUGGUUCAAAAACACCCCCUCAUUAACCCUAAUAUUUGCAAGAAGGAACAAGAUAACAGAACUACCAGCAAAUGCUUUUAAAAAUCUAAUUGAAUCAGGACAAAAAACGGAUUUAAAACUCUUCCUAAGCAAAAAUAAUAUUAUCAAAAUUGAUCCAAAGGCAUUUUCUGGAAUAAAACAAUUAGGUCAGCUUUACCUUGACCGCAAUAAAUUAACCGAGUUAGAUAAGAAUGUUUUCAAUGAAUUAGCAAUCAUUGAAAUAAUAAGUCUAGCGAAAAAUCAACUGACAUAUUUACCAGACGAACUAUUGUCCAGUUUAUCAGUUGGAACUCUAAAUCUUUCAUUUAAUUAUAAACUACGCUGCAUAUCUGCUGAAAUAGUGAAAAAAGUGCGGACUGUUAACAUGGAAAAGAUAAAAAUAAAUUGCACAUGCUCCAAGAGUUUAGAAAAAUACGCUAAGAAAAUUAUUCGAUCGAACGCGUGUACAAACGAAGCCUAGAAAAACCGUCAUAUGAUUAAAAUGUAAUACGUAAAAUGAAUAAAUUUUUUUUU